GGGGGGGGGGGGGGGCGUGCCCUGUUCAUCCCUGGCGCAAGAUGGCGCUGCCUUUUGUACGUUCGCUCUGCCUGUGCCGCUGGGGAGCCAAACGAUUGGGGGUUGCCGCAGCCGAAGCCCGCAGAGCCAUCAGCUUCAAACUGGAAGAAAAAACCGCCCACAGCAGCCUGGCGCUCUUCAAAGGUGACACAGGUGUCAAAUAUGGCAUAGUGGGAUUGGAGCCCACCAAGUUGGCCCUGAAUGUGGAGCGCUUCCGGGAGUGGGCAGUGGUGCUGGCAGACACAGCGGUCACCAGUGGCAGGCACUACUGGGAGGUGACAGUGAAACGUUCCCACCAGUUCCGGAUAGGAGUGGCAGAUGUGGACAUGUCCCGGGAUAGUUGCAUCGGUGUGGACGAUCGUUCCUGGGUGUUCACCUAUGCCCAGCGCAAGUGGCACACCAUGUUGGCCAAAGAAAAAGCCCCUCUUGAGGGCAUCGGGCAGCCAGAGAAGGUGGGGCUACUGCUGGAGUAUGAGGCCCAGAAGCUGAGCCUGGUGGAUGUGAGCAGGGUCGCUGUGGUCCACACGCUACAGACAGAUUUCCGAGGUCCAGUGGUACCUGCCUUUGCCCUUUGGGAUGGAGAGCUGCUGACCCACUCAGGGCUUGAGGUGCCUGAAGGCCUCUAGUAUGUCACUCACUGGAGUCCCUAAUCAUGCUCUUGGCCAUUCUCCUCUGAAAGUGUCUGAAACCUUUUAAUUUUGCCACCAAGCAAUCUCUAAUUCUCGAAAUGCAGUGUUGGGUUCUCUGUGCAAUAUCUAAGUCUUCUUCCUCUCCCAUACUGUGUGAAAGCUGGGCAUACAGCCACCCUUCCCCUCCCUCAAACUACUGCCAGUUUCCUAAGCUAUCAUGAGUGUACUUUGCCUGACUGGCUUCCUUCAGUCCCUCUGCCUCCCUGUGCCCGGACCUUUCUCAGACUGCAUUCAGUCCUGGGGUAUUAGCUUUCAACUUUGUUUGAAUUAUUCAUCACUGUGAUACCUCCGCCUCCCUUUGCCCCCAUGUAAUUUUUUCCCCCCCUGGGACUCUAUAGGAUCUCUCCAGAGUAAAUCCUUUCUACCUCUGGCUGGAGGAGUGGUGCAGUGACUUGGCCCUUUCUCUCUAUAGCACAUAGAGUCUGGGCUCUGGCUCCCUCAGGAAGUGCUUGACUGUGUCUGAAUGAAACAGAGCCCUCCUUCCCCAGUACCUCAGUGCCAGACUUUCAGCCCCACACUGCUACAGCUAUCACCACCCAGAGUCCAUCUGCCUUAAUCUGCACACCUCUGACAUUUGGUCAAUCUGUUAUAAUCACUGGGCCAGUUACAACCAUGCCCAAAGAAGACAAGAUACUUUUGCCACAGUUGGAACUUCCAGAGUGAGGAGGGAGGCCUGAGGUCUUGCACAAUCCAUUUUUGGACCUGCUCAGUCCCAAACCCUCACGCAUUACCGCCCCGGUCCCCU